AUUAUUCAUUUCUUUUUUAGGAUUAAAAAUGGCCGAUGAUGGUGUUUUUAAUUCAUUUGAUCAAACUUCUCAGUCCGGAGAAAGAGAACUUGAAGCUGAAGAAGAUCUAGAUCUAGAGGAUGAGAAUAGUGUUGAACAAGGGCAGGCUGUCAUCAAUGACCUCCUAGAGAUGGUGGAGGAGGAGAGAGAUCCGAAUUAUGUUCCUUCACUUAGUCCCAGGAAAUCCGCCAGAAUAAAGGCACGAGGGAGAGGUGAUUACAACCCGUCUAGAAGAGAAAGGAACUGUAAUCGUAUCUGGGAAGAGAGAGAGAAGAAAUCAUUUCUGAUGGGACUGAAGAAAUAUGGAUCCAAGAACUGGAAGCAGGUUGCGUCCUGUGUAUCUACUAAGACUCCUGAUGUGGUCAAGUCCUGGAUAGAACGGGAGAAAAUGAAACAAUCUUUUGUCCUGGAAAGACGGGUGGUCAAACCUGACGGAAAAGUUGAGGUGUUAAUGGAUGGAAUGAAGAAGUCGAGGAAGAUAGGGGAUGUACUAGAGGAACCUACCGAAGAUUUUAAUACCCCUGACCAACGCGAAAACAUUACAAUUGAGGAGACCCUGGUCAGACCUAAACCUGAGAAUCCGACGGAUAAAUGGCUCCAGAUGAUUGAAGAUGAUGCGGAGAAAGAGGAAAAGAAAAGGGAAUCUGCAGGGUUAGGUAAAGCUCCGAACUGUGACAAUAUAAUCCCGAUGAGUCUGCGCUGGAUUGCAGAGUUUGAAAAACAUCCUGAUCCUGGUUCAUGUAGAGGAGUGGACUAUGCAGCUAUAUACAGAUAUUUUGCUAAUCUAAGUGAAGGUGAAGUGCCUCCUGACCUAAACCCUGUAACUGCUCUUAGGGUGACCAGGCUGCUGACCGACCUAGGGGUGUUGGUAGCAACGGAUCCACUCAAGAAGGAAACCCAGUACCUGGAGAACUACAGGGGGUCAUAUACUAGAUACCGGACCGCAGACAACUUUGAUGCUAAUUCAAAAUCAGCCAAAAUGUUAGGAGACCUGUCACGUGUUCCUGGGCUUAAUCCUCUAGAUCUCCAUCUUGAACUGUUCACCCAGAGAAAUAUAGAUAGCAAACGUUUGGCUGUAGUUGUUAAAGAAGAAGACCCUCUGAUAGACGUGCCUUAGGACGGUGGGCUUCAAACAGUUUAUCUAAAUCUCAGAUCUCACAAAAUACAAUAUACAUCGCAUACUUUGUAUCUACCAUUUAAAAAACUGUGAUAUUAAAUAAAUAUUAUGAUUAAAUAUUUUCAGAA